AUGCCUGCAGAACUCCAGAAUGGGCUACCCGCCCACGGCACAAAUGGUGUAAACGGCAACGCGACGCAGCUUUCGGAUCCCACACCAGCACAUCCUGCUUUCGACUCGAUACCAGAUGUCAUACAGGCCUUUGCAAACGACGAAUUCGUAAUCGUCCUUGACUCACCCAACCGCGAGAAUGAAGGCGACCUAAUAAUCGCCGCGUCCGCCCUGACACCCGCCAAAGCUUCCUUCAUGAUCCGCUACUCCAGUGGCUACAUCUGCGCGCCCUUACCCGUUAGUCGCGCCGCCGCCCUGCAUCUACCGCAAAUGGUUGCCGACAACGCCGACCCCAACCGCACUGCAUACGCCGUCAGCAUCGACUCCGCCGACCCCUCCGUCACAACCGGUAUCUCUGCCCAGGACCGCAGCUUGACGUGCCGGAUGCUCGCCGACCCCAACGCCAAAGCCAGCCAUUUCAGAAGACCGGGACACAUAUUGCCGCUACAGGCAAGAGAUGGCGGAGUGCGCGAGCGCAGGGGACAUACAGAGGCUGCUGUGGAUCUAUGUCGGUUGGCUGGCAAACAACCUGUCGGUGUUAUUUGUGAGCUGAUCACGGACGGUGAGGAAGUGGCUGGUAAGCCAGAACUCGUCGGUGGGGGUAUGAUGAGGAGGGAUGAUUGUCUAGCGUUCGGAAAGAAGUGGGGGAUCAAGGUGUGCACGAUUGAUGACAUGGUUCGGUACAUUGAGGAGAACGAUGGUGUGUUGGGUACGCCGUCAUAG